AUGGCGGAUGAAGUGAAGCUCUUCGCCAUUGCAAUAAGCCCAUUCGUUUGCAGAGUGAAGCUUGCAUUGAAUAUGAAGGGAAUCAAGUACCAAAACUUGGAAGAAGAUUUCCCCAACAGAAGUACCCAACUUCUCAGAUACAACCCUCUUCAUAAGAAAGUUCCAGUGCUGGUUCACAAUGGAAAUCCGAUAUCGGAGUCCCUCGUGAUCGUCGAAUACAUCGACGAUGUCUGGAAACAGGUUCCGAUUUUCCCACAAGAUCCUUAUCAAAAGGCUGUUGCUCGAUUUUGGGUCAAAUUCAUUGAUGAAAAGUGCAUUCCUGCAUUACACAAUGUCUUUGGCAACAAUGGAGGUGAGCAGGUUGUUGCAGAAGCUUGUGAGAACCUGCAAGUACUUGAAAAUGAAGUGGGGGUGAAAGGUAAGAGGUUCUUUGGAGGUGAUAACAUGGAUAUUGUUGAUAUUGUUGCUGGUUUCAUAGCUUAUUGGCUUGGAUUGAUGGAAGAAGCAACCCAAAUCAAGAUCUUUACGGAGGAUAAGUUCCCGAAACUAACGAAAUGGAGUGAUGAAUUCGUCAACUGUCAAGUUGUGAAGGAAAUCUUACCUCCAAGAUCACUGGAAAUCUUACCUCCAAGAUCACUGGUGCUUGCAUAUUACAAGAAACGGUUCAGUAAGGGGUAG